GGUUUAUUUUAGUAAUUUCUCUAUCAAAGAAACACCCGCGAAUAAGGUGAAAUGUUUCUAAUCAGGAAGGAUGUGUUUCUUAAUUUAGUAUUUUCGGAUGGAGCUCUAAGCAGGCGGGAAUUGGUAGAGUGGUGGGGCUACAUUAGAUCCUGGUGGGCUCAGUAGUAUUUCUGCUUCUCUCGAGGUCAUUGUCGUUGUCGUUGUCGCAGGAGGAAGCUAACUCGCUUAGUUUGCAAACUUGAACUCCGAGCUCGGUUUCUAGGGUGUGCGUGCUUGUCGAUUCAUCCUUUGGUGAAUUUGGAGAGCCGGCGAAAGAAAUGCAGAAGGCUGUGGGUGUUUCUCCUCUGUAUUUGGAUUCGUUGUGGUUCAGGUUCAGUCGCUUUGCGGAUCCCAUGUAGCGGUCUGCCAUGGCUGAGCUCCGCCAGCUGCAUAUUAACAGAGAGAGAAUAUGAUUCCUGAACACGAUGAAAGCCGAUUAUUUGGCCGGCGAGCCUGACGACAACUUAGUGGAUAUGGCGGUUGCGAUAACAGGGUGAAUUUUAUUUGGCACUAGUCAGGAGCAAUUUGAAUGUAUGGCGGCCUCGAGCAAUUCCUGGCUUCAUCAGAAUCUACUACCUCAGCAUAAUGCACAGCAGCAGGGGUCACCUCAUCCUCUAUAUCAUCAUUCUGAGCUCCCUCAUGUUGGUUCCUCACAGUCGGGUCCUUUGCAGCACAUGAAUCUCGCGCAUGUCGGCCAUGGCAUGGAUUCGCAUCCCCCUCUUCACCACGGCAUGCACUCUGCUCUUCACAUGCCCAGAGAGAUGCAACAGCAGCAGGAUCCUCACAUCCCGGUGCAUGUCGGCACUGGAACCAGUGGAAGAGCUGUAGGACCAUCUGAGAAUGGAGACGCUGCGUCUGUGAGGAAGGUGCAUAAGGCCGAUAGGGAAAAGCUUCGGAGGGAUCGGUUGAACGAACAGUUUGGGGAGCUGGCUGGAGUUCUUGAUCCGGACCGUCCCAAAAAUGACAAAGCUACCAUCCUUGGAGACAGUGUCCAAGUGGUGAACGAACUGCGGUCUGAGGUCAAACGCUUGAAAUGCGAGCAAACGGCUCUUCUAGAUGAGUCACGGGAUCUUCAACAAGAGAAGUCGGAGCUUCGAGAAGAGAAAGCAGCGCUGAAGUCGGAGACAGAGAAUCUCCAAAACCAGCUGCAACAGCGUCUUCGUGGAAUGCUGCCAUGGAUCUCCAUGGACCCUACCGCAGCUUUGAUGGGAGCUCCCCCGUAUCCCUAUCCCCAUCCCAUGCCUGUACCGCAACCCCCGCCUUCUCCACCUCCUUCCAGCACUCCUCCAGCUUCCGAGUCUGCAUCAGGUUUGACAACUUCCCAACCUUCUGUAGUUGGACCUUCCCCUUUCCUCUCUCUUGCACCUCCAGGCGUUUACAUGCACCCGUACGCCAUGUACGGUGCCCGAUCUCCCGAUGGAGGACACCCUUACAUGCCCUACCCUCCUUACCCUGGCUCCGUUGGCAACCACUCGCAAGUCGAGAGGCCGUAUGCGCAGUACCCUUCUCCCAUUCCGACCAUGCCUGGCUACUUAGUCCAGAUGCAGCCACCGCCACCGCAGGGCCCCGCCAACGCUUCUGCUGUGCCCAUGUAUAGACCUCCGCCACCGCCAUAUGCUGUCUCAGGCAUAUCUCUUGUGCCGCCAGGCCAUCAACCCAGGGUCCCUCCUCACAGUACUAAUCCGCCUAUAAAUGGGCCGCAAGCCGCUUCUCCUGAGCCACAUGGAGUGGAGACCAGCUUACAGCUUCAAACUCCGGGAGGGUCGUCUCGCUCUCCUUCGACAUCAGAGCUGCCUCCCUCUCAACGCAGUGGAGAGCCAAGUAAAACACAUGAGCGAGCAGACUUGGAAUUGACACCACCUGGCACGAAAGAAGCAAGUGAUCUAGCCGGAUCUAAGCCAGAUGACAUCAAUGGCGGAGAUAGCAUUUCGACGCUAACGCUGGUGUCCAAAUCAUUGCAGUCUCGGGCGGAUGCUACCCCUUCACCCUCUGGAGGAUCAAAUUCAGAAGAGGGUCAUCUACGUGGAAGUACUCUGGAACCAAGCCUAAGAUCAGCUGAGCAGCUGCCAAAGCUCUGAUAUGCAAGCAUGAACGCAUUGUCAUAUACACUGUAGAAAAACUGCAGUGGCAACAUUCAUUAUGGAGACUUUGAAGCUGGUCCUUUGAAUUAGCUAGUUGGGAGAUCUUCUCUGUCAAGUAGUUGCUUUCAUGUGGAGUCACUGCCUUGGCACUUUUGAGGAUUCUCAUGGUUUAUAUCUCAUUACGAUACCUCACUACUCUGUGCUAUUAGAGCCACUGUCAUGUUGAGAUUGUUAUAUCAUACUAGGCUGAGUACUUUCAAAUCAGUUCUCUCUCUAGCCAAUUCUGGUAUUACCAGUGAUUGAACUUGUUGAACGUUUUUACGUAUUUGCUUCAAUUAGCGCCUCUACACCAUUUUCUCUUUCA